CUCACUGAUAUUACAGAUGCCAUAAACUUCACUGAGAAUCUGGACAUUCAAGUAUGGGUGCCAUCAGACUCUAUUCGGAAAAGAGAGAGUUCCGUAACACGCCAUUUCCCAGUAAAGUCCGUCUCUCACCUGCGUGGAAACUCAAUGAGUCGCAACCCUAUGUCGUGGAGGACACCGUGGCAACAUCUCAAUGUAACAAAAGAUAAUUAGACAUUUAUGGGGGCUUGGCCUUAAGUGAGUGUACACAGAGUUUAGGUUACAGAGGAAAAAGCUAUUAGGAAAGCAAAGGAAAAAGCUUGGAGGAUUUGGAAUACGGAAAUGUAACAUAACCAGCGCUCAUGCCCUUGUGUGCACCUGCACUACCAUAUACCAGCUGGCACCAACUGUUCUUUGGGUGGGUGUGGGCUGUAAAAUGUAUUCAAGUGCAAGUGAUUUGAAACAAUAUCAGGGCGGUUAGGCAGGUAUAAAACAUCAGCGCAGUCGACGGCUGGAUCACUCGACAGUCUCACUUCACCAGAAGGACCAGGCCAAGCUUGAGAAGGACCAGCUCCAGCAGCAAAACCAACACGAUGCACUUCUCAGCACUCCAGGUCACUCUUGCACUCGCAUGUCUCGUUUUGACGGCGACCGUGGCGACGGCUGGCCGGUCUCAUAUGGUGUUUGACUCCGCUCUGGAGGCACCCCAUGGGAUAGCCGCAGGAGAACAGAUGCCAGAGAUGUACAGCCUUCCGGAGAUCCAGUGGAUGCUGAGCGGCUCAAAGCGAGAGGCGGUGGAUACCGACGUCCCCGCCGAGGAGAACGCCCAGGUCGGGAUGGAGCUGGUGAGGAGGGACGACGGCAAAGACCGUAAACCGGGGUGUAAAAACUACUUCUGGAAGUCACGGACGGCCUGCUGACGUCUCUGAUCUCAGGAGCCUGGGCAGAGGCACCUUCCAGUCGUGUUCUCCAAGCUACUGCAAGAUUCAUCCUCUCUUCAAUCAGAGCUCUCCAAAAUAAAGGGCAGUCUACCAGCAAUAACCCCAUAGUAAAUGGCUAA